AUGUCGCUUAAAGUACCUAAAGCCAAUAAUAUCCAGCUAUUCAAAGAUGGAUACAAGCAAGUCUCGGGAUUGGAAGACGCGGUGCUGCGAAAUAUCCAAGCCGUAGCAGAAUUAUCCGACCUCGUACGGACGAGUUUUGGGCCCAAUGGCGCACUCUUCGUGACCUCAGAUGCUGCAACGAUCAUUCGCGAAAUCGAGGUCGUGCACCCUGCUGCAAAACUGCUUGUCAUGGCGUCGCAAGCUCAGGAGUCCGAGAUGGGCGAUUCGACGAACACGGUGCUCAUAUUCGCGGGUGAACUGUUGAAGAAGGCGGAAAACCUUUUGCUGAUGGGGCUUCAUCCCAGCGAGAUCAUAAAAGGGUACGAGCUGGCAUGCGAGAAGGCCUUGGCCGAACUAGAAAAACUAUCUACGACUAGCCUGUCAACACCCCUUACUCACCAAUCACUGGCAGAGGCACUGAAACCUGCGAUCGCGUCUAAACAAUAUGGGCACGAAGAUACUCUCGCCGCUUUGGUCGCCGAGGCCGCUCUGAUUGUCAUGCCCCCCAAUCCCAAAAACUUCAACGUCGACAAUGUACGAGUAGUGAAGAUCAUGGGCGGGAGUCUGUCUGGGAGCAAGGUGGUACAAGGCAUGGUCUUCGGACGUGAACCCGAAGGCACGAUAAAAAAGGCCCUACGAGCCAAAGUCGCGGUAUACACAUGCGGCAUCGAUAUCUCGCAGACAGAGACAAAAGGAACCGUCCUUAUCAAAAAUGCCGACGAGAUGCUCAAUUUCACGACGGGAGAAGAGAAGCAUAUGGAAAAGAUAUUCAAGGAAAUUGCUGACUCCGGUGUUAAAGUCAUCAUCGGUGGAUCAACCGUUGGCGACCUGGCUCUUCAUUACCUCAAUCGUCUCAACAUCGCAGUCAUCAAAGUACUAUCAAAAUUCGAGCUUCGUCGACUGUGCAGGGUCGUCAAUGCCACACCGUUAGCUCGCCUUGGAGCACCCACGCCCGAAGAAGCCGGUUUCGUCGAUGUCUUUGAAACCAUUGAGAUUGGUGGGGAUCGAGUGACUGUACUCCGCCAGCUAGCUGAAGAUGACGAGGGUUUUGAUGCCAGCUCGUCAGGCGAAAGGACGCGUACGGCAACAAUUGUCUUGAGGGGAGCUACUUCAAAUCAUCUGGACGACCUCGAACGAGCCAUUGACGAUGGUGUAAACGUCAUAAAAGCUUUGAUGAAAGAUGCGCGAUUGGUUCCUGGAGCAGGCGCCUCUGAAUUGGAGCUAGCACGGAGGGUAGAGACGUAUGGCAGCGGACUCAAGGGGCUCGCACAGCAUGCGGUAAAGCGAUAUGCUACAGCUCUGGAGGUUGUCCCGCGAACGUUGGCUGAGAAUGCUCUGGGAGGCGCCGAAGGGAAUGAAGUGUUGAGCCGGCUAUGGGCCAAGCACGAGGAAACGGGGGGUGAGGCUUGGGGCGUUGACAUUGAGGCGGAAACAGAUGGCACCCUCCUGGCGACCGAACAUAAAAUCACUGAUUCACUAGCGUCGAAGUCUUGGGCGAUAAAAUUGGCCACCGAAGCCGCGACGUCCGUUCUGAGCGUAGACAGCAUCAUAAUGAGCAAACCGGCCGGCGGGCCAAAGGUGCCGCAACAAGCAGGCAAUUGGGACGACGAUGAUUAG